CGUCCUUCACGACCCACAAAUGUUGCCUCAUUGCCCUGGCCUGAUGCACAAACAAGCCUAGGGUCUUGGGCAGAGAAAGCAGAAAGCGGGCUCGCCUGCUAAGGAUGCCAGCAGCAGGUGUCCUCCCGCCAGCGCUCGCCGCCUCCAAGCACAACAGGGCCCGUCGUUUUGGUUUCUCCGCUCUCUGGAGAUGCGCGCACCACGCGGCUGCAAGUCCCAGCCUCCCACUGCUGCCCUGCCGCUCCCCCGCCUCGCGCCUUCCACCCGCUCUCCUGCAGCUGCCUCCGACCCGGCGGCAGGGAGCCGCGAGAUGGCUUCCCGGCAGGCCUGAUCGACGGCGAAGUUCCUGCCCGUGCGCAGACGGACGCCGGACCCGCACUGCCCGCGACGCGGCUCCAUGUGAACACGGAAGACGCGCCCGGCUCGACGCGGCGUCUCCAUCCCGCCGCCUUCCGCCUGCCCUGCGACUCGGGGCGGGCAGCGGGAGCGCGGCCGGCGCUGCUGGCCCCCGAUCUGCCCCGGAGAGAAAGGGCUUUCCAGGCUGAUCAUGAUGAAGACCGAAGGGAAAGGGGAAAGGACUUUGAGAAGCGCCUCGCCACACAGAAAUACCUAUAAAUCGGAUUUUCACGCCAUCAAAUGCUCCUUCGAUGGGGUGAACAGCUCCGAGGGUGCUUCCAGCAAAACCAGCCUCCCGCAAAAGUUGAAUGCCUCGUCCAAUGGAGGGGGAAGCGACCCUUACAGUCGAGGUAGAGCUGCUACCUAUGGCAACCGAGUACACAAGAUCAAAAAUAUGUUCAUGCAGAUGGGGGGCUCCUCUUCCACACCGGCGUGUGAGACCAGCCCGCUUGUUGAAGCCAAGGUCAACAGCAGGACAGCACCAGCAGAUCUUGGGCCUUCCCCAAGCAGCCCAUCUUUCCUCAGCGUCCAAAAAAAUAACCUCUUUAAUAUGAGCAGCAGCCCCUGUUCCAGCCCCCCAGACUCGCAGCCUGUGCCUUCCGCCAGCGACAAAAUUGUCCGCAGCAAUGAGGAGGGAGAUCUGGACAAAAUUGCCCUGGCAGAAAAGUUUUCUGAGACUAGGAAACUUUUUGAGAGGAAUAUAAAGCAGCGGAGUUCAAUGGACAGAUAUACUCCCAGCAAAUGUGAACGAGGUGAAGAUAAGAAGAGAUGUGGUUCAGCCUCUCCUGAUUGUAGCAGUGCAGUGGAUCACUUUAAUUUCAAUACAGAUGUGAGCCUUCAUGUUGCCCCAGAAAGAGUUGAAAAUCAAAGCAGUGAUGAACAACGGCAGCAGCAUCCUAGCAGUGGGCAGAGAUUCUCCUCCCUGAAUGCGGGGCCCAUUUCUAGGAGGCUGGAAAGUUUCCUGGGUGAUAGUGAUACUGAAGAACCCAAAGAAAUUUCCAAAAGUCAGAGUAGUCCAAGUGAAGAUCACGUGUUUUCCUGCGAUAGGGAAUCACCUGCUGCCACUGAAGGAUCCGCAGAGGAGAGUCCAUCCUCCAAAGUGUCUGUAUGUCUUUUAGGCCAUAGCAGGAGUGAGCUGAGCAAAGCACAUGUAGAAGUGGGUAACAGGGAGCAGCAGGAUGGGAGCAUCACAUCUGAUAAGGAAGCUAAGUGGGGGUCAGCUAAUGCCUCCUCACAGGCACCCUGGGUAGAGAGAAAUCAGGGUGAACUAGUCCUGGAAGAAAUCUCGGGGAAUGAAAGUGUGUUCCAAAAGGACCAGUCAUUCCAAUUUCAGUCUGUGGAAGGGAAAGGAAAUGAGUAUAUGUUUAGAGGAAUUGAGAAGUUUGAAGAUGACAGUGAGGUCAGUCAGAAAGAGUUAAAAGAGGGAGUGCCUCUGAAGGAGGUUGCAGUCACACAGGGUCAGGACAGUCUGGAGCAAGAGGGGGACACUGAAGAGGAGGAGGAGGAGCAGGUGGUAGAAAAUCAGAAAGAAAAGUUCAGUGCAUUUUCUACCACUGCUUUUGGAAUAGAGAAUGCUGGUUUUGAUGAUGACAGGGAUGCAGAGUCAGAAAACCAGGGCUCUGAAGGUAAAGAAACUUUAGAUGUAGAGGAGUAUAUCUAUGACAACGAAUAUGAGGAGCUUCCUGGACUUUCUGAAGAUGAAUAUCCUGAGCCAGACAGAAAAGUCAAGUUCUCAACAGCUCCUAUCAAGGUUUUCAGCACUUAUUCAAAUGAAGAAUAUGAUAGGCGCAAUGAAGAAGUUGAUCCAGUAGCAGCAUCAGCAGAAUAUGAACUUGAGAAAAGGGUGGAAAAAAUGGAAGUGUUUCCUGUAGAAAUUGAAAAAGGUGAUAGUGGCCUAGGCAUCAGUAUUAUUGGAAUGGGAGUCGGUGCAGAUCAGGGAUUGGAAAAACUAGGAAUUUUUGUGAAAACAAUAACAGAAGGUGGAGCUGCACAAAGAGAUGGGCGAAUCCAAGUAAAUGAUCAGAUUGUUGAGGUUGAUGGUACAAGUCUAGUAGGAGUAACUCAGUUUUUUGCAGCCACUGUACUAAAAAAGACCAAAGGCACAGUCAGAUUUCUGAUAGGAAGAGAGAAACCAGGAACUCAGAGUGAAGUAGCCCGUCUCAUUAGUGAGACUUUGGAGCAAGAGAGGAGUCUGUAUGAGCAGCACUACGACCAUGAUGAUGCAGAACAGGAUGAUGACUAUGAUGAUGGUGAAGAUACUUUUGAGUCACAUUUACAUGGAAAAUCUGUGGAAGUUUUUUAUCUUCCUGAAAACGAAGAUAUGAAUUUACCCCUGGAUAUGGAUUCAGCACAACUUCUUCUUAAAUUUAAAGAGCUACAAUUAAAGCAUGCAGUUACAACAGCUGAAGUUAAUCAACUGAAAGAGAAAUUAAAAACUACUGAAGCUGAAAAGGUUGAAUGGGAGUCAAGCAAAGCUCAGCUUCAGCAAACUUUAGAAGAGAACAAAGAGAAAAUUAAGAAGUUGGAGACCUAUUGGGUAGAGGCGCAAAGUUUAUGUAAAACAGUGAAUGAACAUCUUAAAGAAACACAGGAACAGUACGAUACCCUAGAGAAGAAAUACAAUAAGGCCAAGAAAUUACUCAAAGAUUACCAACAAAAAGAAAUAGAAUUUAUGAAAAAAGAAGAGGAUCACACAAAGGUACUUGGAGAGAGAGACCAGAAACAUUCAGAACAGCUGAAAAUGUUGCAGGAAAAGAUUUCAGAGCUUGAAAGCAAAUUAAAAAUAUAUGAGAGAAUACCUUACAUGUUUGGAGGUUUGCUGGAGGCUGGCUCUCAAAGUCCAGAACAACUAAAUGAACACUCUGAAGUAAAAGAAGACAUUGCAAAAGAAAUGGAAUCAGUAGUGGAAAAAAUAGAUUCUUCAGACACAUUAUUUUCUGAUUUUGAUGCUUUUGUGGGAGAUACUCCAAGGUUAGAUACCAGUGCUCACAAGGCAAAAGCUCAGCUUGCUUUGAAGGUAAAACGUCAGCCACCUUCUCGAUCAAAGCUGAAAGAAUCUCUUGGAGCUGGACCACAGAAUAUAAAUCUACAGGAUGAGGAUACAGAGGAUACUUUCCAUAACAGGGAUUUUUCUAUAGCAUAUCAAACCAAGAUUUUAGAAGUAACAGAAAAGCCAGCCCCAUCUCUGCUGAAUGAUGUAGAUCAAACUACUGAAAAGCCAGAACAAAUGGAAAGCUCAGAGAGUCUGUUAGAGUCGAGCCCUUCUGCAUCCACUCACUCUUCUCCGGUACACAAACCAAACAGUGAGAGCAGCAUGUGCAGUACACACUCUCCUCCUGCAGAUGAUACAGCUUCAGGUUCUCCUCAAGGAUAUUCCAAGAAUGUUAAACACAGAGAAUUAAAAGGGAAAGGAAGAGAGGCUAAAGAUGAAAGGAGAAAUGAAGAUAAGACAGUAGAAGCAAGUGAAGGUACAACUUCUGGGAAGUCCAAAAGAAGAUUUCCAGACUUUGGAGGUUUACGGAAAUCUGGUGGUAAAGGCAAGAAACAAGAAAAGGAAAAUCUGAGGGGUUCUCUGGAUAGCAGAGGGUCCCGGGAGUUGUUGGAGGACUCUGGCAACAAUCUGUCUGCAUCAGAUUCAGAUUCACCUGUUCCCACUUGCAUGCCUUUCUCUUGGUUUGGAGACAGUCAUAAAGAGCCUCAGGUUUCUGGUAGUGGUCUUCACUUUGCACAGAGUGGGCAAGACAAUGUAUCUGAACAGGGUCAAGAGAAAAACAAAAGCAAGAGUAGAAUUGUCAUAGAUGAUUCAUACCAUAGCAGGCCCAGUUGUGAUCUAUCAGGGUUAGUGACAGAACCAAAUCUGUCAGGGCGUUCACACACUUUAAUCUUCUCUUCAGAUGAGGCACUUGAUGAUGAAUUUGCAACAACAGGGAAACAAAAUCAGUGGCAGAGUAGACCCAUUUCUGAGUGGACAACACAACAAGUAUGUCAUUGGUUGAUGGGAAUGAACAUGGAGCAAUAUAUUUCAGAGUUCACAGCAAUGAAUAUAGAUGGGCAGCAGCUGAUGCAGCUAGACAGUGAUAAGUUGAAGGCUUUGGGAGUUUCCAGUCAAAAUGACCGAUCCAUGAUAAAGAAAAAAAUUAAGGAUAUUAAAAAAACACAAGAAAAACUGGAAAAACAGAAGGAAAAAGUUCAAAAGCGAGAGAGAGAAGUUCGCAAGAGUGGCAGGGUGGUAGCCACUGUAGAAUCAAGCUGCUAAAAUGAUUUAGUUUUAUUUUAGCUGACUGACUUCAACUUGAAAUAGUACAGCAAAUUUGUAUAUAAUUGUACAAUUGAGGGGAAAGAGUGAAAGUGCAACAGUUUAACAUGAUAGGUUUUUAUUUACCUUUUUUAAUUUCUUUAGUCCCUCCCCAUUACAUGUUCCAUUAAAACAAAGUAAUAAUUUCAAUAUUUUUUAUAUCUAGUUGUUUCUGCCUGUACUAAUAGACAGUAACUUAACUUCCUGCCUUAAGUACUGUUUGUGCUUUUGUCUGAUCUGUAGAAAACACCAUACACUCUGAAACAUUCUUUGAAAUUCAUAAAUAAAUUGGGAUAUGACAUGUAAAGAAAUAGGCUAUAAUAUGUUACUACUCUGGCAUUUGACUUAAAGUAUAAAUAGCAGGUUGAAUCUGACAGAGGGACAAUAGAAAAAUCCUGCCACCAAAUUCAGUCUACAACAGUCUGCUGUUUCUGUUGCCACUAAAAUUGUAUAGUGAAAAAAUAAGUUUAAGAAAACCGUAAUGUCAAAUUAAUUUAAACAGAGCAUGUAUUUCAAAGUAUUCUCUUUAAAAAUCUUUAUUUUCCCAGUCAUAGUCCUUUUUUUUUUUAAAUUCAAAAUCUACUUUGGUAAUGCAUUGAAAUUUUUUUUUUUAACUUCACGUGUUGCAACUUACUGAGAAGUAUUCAGAAAUAAGUAGUUUUCACAAACUAUUUGUGUUAAGCAUAACACUAAGUCCUCUCUGCAAGCUACAUGAUAGGGUGGUGGAACAAGGUUUAAACAUAUAAAUAAAAGAUCAAUUUUUUAUGUAUUUUUCCUAAGUAAUACAUAGUUUUAUAGUUUUAUGCUAUGAAUAAGAUCAGUUUGCAAUGUGUGUAUUUCUCUUUUCUACUCAGUAUAAGAUUUUGGGGACCAAAUUUAUAUAUUUGCUAAUUUUAAACAAUACUGUUUCCAGACUUCAAAUUCUCACAUGAACUUUGUAGGAAAAUUUAUCAAUGAAGCACUGGGUUUUGGUAUCGUAUUUAAUUGUUCAAUUGUAGAUUAUAGAAUGUUUGGUUGGUUUUUCUAAAGGAGGAUUUGAUUCCUGGAAUAGCUUAGAACAUGAUUGGAUGUGUUUUUGUGUAAUGACAUAUGUUCUAGAAAUAUUACAUAAGCAAUUCCCUAAUUAGUUUUUGUUUCACAAAAAUAAUGGAAUAAAAGUGCUAAUUCCAUCGUGGAAUAGAAGUUAAAUCUAGAAUUCCAGUUACGUGGACCAAGUUCUCCUUUAAAUAUAUGAUUAAUGUUUUUUCAUUUUUAAUCAAAUGAAUGACUAUCAUCUGACAUUCAGUGUUUUUGUAAUACAUAUGGAAAAUUACCUCUUCUACAUUCUGAGAGAGAACCAUAUGGAAAUCUACCUGCACACCACUCGCUUCCAAAAUAAAGUUUUAAAAAAAUGGUCA